GGAGUACUUGCCAGAAUUUUAAUAUUUCCAAAAAAAAGUUCUUCAAUUAUGUGGUGUACAAAUUAACAAGAGGGGGAUCUAUAGUUCGGCCCAAAUACACCAAAGAUCAGAAAUUUAAACACAACUCAGAGGCAGUUACGGCCCACAGAGAGAUAAUCCAAAAGAAAAAAUUAAUGAUAAUGUAACAGUACUCGUAAUAAUUUAUUACUCCGUAAUAUCCAUCUUCCCUCCCUAAAAAUCUUUUAAAUCUCCCCCCUCCGUUCAAAUUCUUUUCACCUCUUCAUUUUCUUCCCCAAACACUCUGACCCAUUAAUUACUUUCUUCCUCUGAUAAUCCGCAUUUAUUAAAUAUUCCUAACAUUCCUUCUUUCUUUUUUGUGGUGAAAUUGGAUUUGGGAUGACAAUUCCCAAUUUCCCACCAAUCAAAAAAGGUUGAGACAUCUUAAAUUAUAUUUAUAUUAUUUUUAGAAGCGUGAUGGCUCAUUCUGAGUCCAUCAUGCCGAUCGACGGAACCGGCGACGAUAUCCACGCCGGCGGCAGAUCUCCGACGAAGAUGACGAUGUCGCCGUGGAACCCCCCGUCGCCAUUCGCCCGUUCCCCCUGGUCCAGAAACUCCCCUCACAGCCACCCGCAGAGCAGCCUCGUCGGGUCUAUGGUCCGGGAAGAAGGCCACAUCUAUUCGCUGGCGGUUCAGGAUAAGAUCCUCUUCACCGGGUCGGACAGCAAGAACAUUCGGGUCUGGAAGGACAUGAAGGAAUUUGCGGCGUUCAAAUCCAACAGCGGCCUCGUGAAGGCGAUCAUCAUAUCCGGGGACCGGAUCUUCACGGGCCACCAGGACGGGAAGGUCCGGGUCUGGAAGGUGAGCGAGAAGACCCGGGACGUUUACAAACGGGUCGGGACAAUGCCCGCAUUUUUCGACAUUUUCAAAGCUUCGUUCCAGAGGAGCCCCGUUUGGAUAAAGCAUACGGACGCGAUUUCCAGCCUGAGCAUGGACGGAGAAGAGGGGCUGUUAUACUCUGCUUCGUGGGACGGGACGUUUAAGGUGUGGCGGAUCGAGAGCUUGAAAUGUCUGGAAUCCGUCUACGCCCACGAUGAUUCCGUGAACUCUGUCGUCGCCGCCGCGGACGGCGUGGUGUACACCGGCUCCGCCGAUGGCCGGGUAAAAGUUUGGAAGAGGGAAACCGCCGGCAAGGCCGUCAAACACGUUUAUCUCCAAACCUUGUUAGCCCAGGAGUUUGCUGUAACGGCAUUGGCGGUGAACAAGGACGGAACAGUUCUAUACGGCGGCUCAUCCGAUGGGCUCGUUAACUUCUGGGAACGCGAGAAGCGGUUGUGCCACGGCGGGGUCCUCAAAGGCCACAAGCUGGCGGUGCUCUGCCUUGUUGCGGCGGGCCGAAAUAUGGUCUUCAGCGGUUCAGCGGAUAAGACGAUUUGCGUGUGGAGGCGGGACGGCCCGGUUCACAUGUGCCUCUCGGUCUUGGCCGGUCACAGUGGACCGGUUAAGUGUCUGGCGGUCGAGGAGGACAAGGAGUCGAGUGGGAAAUGGGUGGUGUAUAGUGGAAGCUUGGACAAGUCUGUCAAGGUUUGGCGCGUUUCUGAAUCAGCCCCGGAUUUGCAUCACAUGUAUGGUCGAGUUGACUAAAAUCUGGUUUUGGAAAUAUUGACCAGCACCGGUUCGACUCCUAUUGUCAUUGUCUAUUACUAAAAGGAAAUUAAUGUUGUAAAAAUCUUCUGUGAUAGAUUAAUAGACCUGUCUCGCAUGCAUGUAUACUUCAAGGCUACUUCGAUCGUGUAAGUGUGUAACCAAAUCCUUAUAUAUACAAGGCCACACAUUUUCAAUGAAAAAAAUAUGACGGGU